AUGCCCCCCCCUCCGCCGCCGCCGCCGCCGCCCGGAGGGAUGGGAGGUCCUCCCCCACCUCCUCCCCCCGCGGGGAAUCUUCCCAGCAGACCCUCUGGUUCAGAAGCUAAGGGCCGGGGCGCACUGCUUUCCGAUAUCCACAAAGGCGCAAGGCUGAAGAAGACCGUGACCAACGACAGGUCGGCGCCCAUGGUCGGUGGUGGAGGAGCAAAGUCUUCCGGUCCUGCAAUUCCAAGCGCUCCGCCAGUUCCGGGCAUGGCGAAGCCUCCGACAGGGCUUGCACCACCCGUCCCCCCGGCACAGGCAGCGAACAGGCUACGAAGCAACAGCGAUACUGGUUCAGGGGGUGAUGCAGUGGCGGGUGCCCCGGCGGCGCCUCAACUUGGAGGCCUCUUCGCUGGAGGCAUGCCUAAGUUGCGCAGUCGGGGAGGUGUUGACACUGGAGCUAAUCGGGACUCGCCAUAUCGAUCAGAUACGGAUGGUUCGCGGAGCGCUCCCCCGCCCCCUGCUAUGUCCGCCCCCAAACCACCAGGUGCUCGACCUCCACCGCGCCCUCCUGCAACAGAGUCGCCUCCUACUCCUCCAGUGAACCCGUUGGUUGCAAAUCUCCGGAAACCGCCCCCGCGACCGGCUUCCAGGCCGUCAUCGACAGUUUCGACUGCGUCCAGCAGAUCCGCCCCUGACGCUCCCCCGCGCGCACCGCCACCAUUGCCCGGCUCCGCCAAAGGCCCGCCGCCGCCUCCAGUAUCUACAAGAAAACCCUCUGCUCCUGCUCCUCCUCCACCCCCGCCUCCCUCAGCUAGUCCAGCGGCACCUCCGCCACCACCUCCGGCGGCUGCUCCCAGACCUCCCCCGGCGCCGGCACGCUCUACCCCUCCUCCCCCUCCUCCUCCCGGCGCGUCCGCUCCACAGCCGCCGAACGGCACAGCUGCUGCGUCUAUCGCCGUACAAGCUGCCAGAAAUGCUCUCGGACAUGCGCCACCACCACCUCCUCCCCCACCAGCGGCUUUGGCCCCAUCAGCCCCCCCUCCGCCUCCUCCCAGUGCCCCUCCCAGCGAGCCACCGUCGCGGCCAUCACCUCUGCCGUCUAGCAUAGCACCUCCUCCACCUCAUCAACCAGACCGUUCUACCCUGGACCCGAGCGCCUAUACCCUCAGCAACGGCGGGCCGUCACCGGGAGCAAGCCCUCACAGUCCAGGCGGACAUGGCAUCAUGCGGGUGGACGAUCAUCGGUUCAAGUUCCAGAGCGAAGGCUUAUUGCCCAAGCCUCGACCAUUUGUGGGAGGCACCAGGCGGUAUCGGGCUGGACGAGGCAGCAGUGUGCCAUUGGAUCUGAGCGCAUUGAUUGGGUAA